CCGGUUUGCCUGAGGCUGAUGCCUUGCAGGUGUUUGUACACGUACAUAUACAAACACAAUCAAAUGCACAUGCACACAGGUAAAUAGUGCCAUACAUACACUCAAACAUAUUCAGUUGGCCUUGCUGUUAUGAUUUUUUGUUGUUUGAAAUUUGUGACAUAAGUCUACUGAUUUACGUUGUUUCUCACCUAAUCACCUGCUAAUAGUCGGAAUUUGGCAUCUCCAUUAUAAGGCAAGCCAAGAGUGAUAUCUUUGUUGUUUUUUGCAUAGUUUUCUGUUUUCCUCUUUCUUUCUUUUCUCAUUUUGUUCAGUUGUUGGUGCAUUGGGGGGUGAUGGGGGGGGUCUCGGAUGGUUGAGGGGCAGCUCUUGGUGAACUGUGAGUGGGAGCUUGGGCUGGUGGCUGAUGGAUCGCUGGUUCCGGUCCACGUUUUUGAUCUCGUGGGAGAUCUUUCGACGUGCCCUUGAGCAGGGCGUUGACCCUGGUUGCUUAUGUGUGUCGCUCUGGAUGGAGUCUGUUAGAUGACUGUGGCAAAGGUCUUAAUGAUGAAAUGCCUAUGUAUUGUUGUUGUAAAUGUGAACCUAAAUUAAUGCCCCCAUUUCAGAUUACUCUGACGUUCCCAAUGAUUUAUGAAAACUUGUUUGACGGGUCGAUGUCCUCAUUGUGGUUUUACAGACGUGUUUAAUACGUUUUAUAUACACACUUUAUUAGAAUUGUUAUGAAAUGAACAUUGUUAUAUUUGGUAACGCUUACUUAUUUUCCCUCGACUCCAACACCAUUCGAUGCAUUGAACGGGUGUGGGUGUCUACAUAAGGGUGCUAAUUUUAAAAAACUCACAAAAGCCUUGGGGUCGAUACAUAAGGCGUUUAAAGAGCAGUGUGCGGGUUUCUUCUUAUUUCUAAUCUUAUUCACCUAUUACCAUGCACCUGCAAAAAAAUAUAGCUCAGAUGUGCGAGUGCCUAUUAUCAUUAUCUCUGGUAGUUUAUUUUAUUUAUAAUUUGUUGAUGAGUUACAAGAUUAUGUCGAGAUGCAUCGAUUCCAAGAAUGGCAGAGGAUCUUACGACUAGUUCAACUGGCUAGCUAACUAUAGCUAACGUUAGCAAGCGUACGUCCAGCUCAGAAUGGCCAGUGGGUGCAGUGAUUGUUCGGCGGGGACAUCAGCUUGCUAGUAGCGUCUGUAACAACUCAAUGUAUAUUGAGCUGUUACAUUUUAUCAUCUAGCUGUUGCAAUGAAAUUGGUUUCAAAUCUGUUGCAAUUAUGUGACCAGGAAGCUAUCUAGGAAUGUUAAUUUGUAACCGCGCGCGCACCAAUCGGACUUUGAAGUUCGCUGACUAAAUCAAAUCAGUUUAUUGGUUGCGUACGCAAAAUCAAUCAAAUGUAUUUAUCAAGCCCUAUUUAUAUCAGCAGGUGUCACGAAGUGCUGUACAGAAACCCAGCCUAAACCCCAAACAGUAAGCAAUGCAGAUGUAGAAGCACGGUGCAGCGAAAUGCUUAUGUUUCUAGCUCCAACAAUGCAGCAAUAUCUAUCAAUUCAACAACAAUACACACAGCCCCCCCAGAAAAACUUUGUGUCUUCUAACAUGAUGGUAAACUGCGCGUUAUGGUGUGUUCAAGACAACUUGAAACUGUGAAAAAUACGAGGUAAAAUAAUGACGACAUUGAUCUUCAGGUCGAAGCUCAAGAAAGAGGUCCGAGAUGGAAUUUCGAGUUAGAUGACCGUUCAAAACUAUCUUCCCCAGCUCGUUUUUUUUCCAGAUUUCCAGUCGUCUUGAAUACUCUGUAGUCGGAGAUUUCCGAGUUCCAAGUUGUUUUGAACGCGGCAUUCGUGCUGGUGUGUGUGUGUGUGUGUGUGUGUAAAGGGGAGGGACUUAAUACAGGACGCUAUUUAGAGCGAGAUUGAACGGUGUUUAUGCAUUCAUUUUAGAGAUAGAUAAAUUAGAGUCUACUUCGGAGCGUCAAUCCAGAUUGACAGUGUUAUCGGUUUCCUCUUUCCCUUGGAUAACGUCGGAGACCAAUCCGCUAGACAGGCUCCAGAGCAGAGGCCUCUCUAACUCCAACCACCCCAUAAGUCACCCUGAUAUGGAUGGAACCAACCAACCAGCUGAGGUUAAUCAACAGUCUCCUGCCGGGCAGCAGGCCAUGGGGGGAGAUGUUGAGGAGAGCAACAGCAGUGGGAAUAGCCAGAACCCUGGAGAGAGAAAAGUCUAUGGUUGUGCUCUAGCCCAAAUGCCACCGCUGAAGCCUCCCUCCAUGUGGACCUCCAUGGCGAUGAAGGAGCUCAAGUCCAAGCUGCGACUGGAGAAGGACCGUGUGGUGACAGUGAAACGAGGAAACAUUUUGACAGUGCAUGUGCCCACCGUUCCUGAGGGAAAGCAAGUGUGCUGGGAGUUUGCCACAGAUAGCUAUGACAUAGCCUUUGGAAUCUCCUUUGACUGGAACCCUGUCACCAGCCAGGCCAUCACGGUCCACAUUAGUGAAUCCAGCGAUGACGAAGAGGAGGAAAAUCAGCUAGAAGGACUUAUCAACCCAGGGGAUGUUGAGAAGGGUUCUAAAUCAUUGGCCAACUCCAACAUAGGGGAAAUCUUACCUGUGUAUCGUCUGGACAGUCACAUGGCAGUGCAAGGUGGCAGUCACGAGUAUCCAGGCGAAGGCACUUACCUUCUGAAGUUUAAUAACUCCUACUCACUAUGGCGAAAUAAGACUCUGUACUACAGAGUGUAUUACAGUGCCUGAGGAACUGUAACUGUCAGCUUUUGCAUAUGACUGUAUGACUUACUAGAAUUACUUAUUUUUGAUUCAAUAUUUUUGAUUCCAUAGAACAUGUUAUGGUUAAUUAUAAGUGCAUAGAUUUUUCAUCACAAUCAGCGGAUGUUGCUCACUCCUAGUCUACACUUAAAAUCUAAGAGGACCAGAGAAUUAUGAAGUGGGACAUUUUGCUCAUAUGUUUUACUGUGUUUAUAGAGAAAGAUUUGACGUAGCCUUGUGUUUGUGCCAUGUUCUGUUUAAAAGGUAUGUGCAGUGAGUUAAGGCAAAUUGACCAUAUUUUAAAGAGAUAUAUAUAUAGUAUAUGUACAGUACCAGUCAAAAGUUUGGACACAACUACUCAUUCAAGGGUUUUUCU